UCCAGAGGGCUGGGAAUGGUUUCUCUUCUUGCCACAGAGGGUCUGGCAGGGACAGAGAAGGUAGCAGCAGUCUUGAUACCUCUGUGGGGAGGGAAAUGUGUUACCUGGAGAAUCCCUCACGCUCUCCUGCACAAGAAAACUUCCAGAGACUGAAGGGAGCUCCAAGGCCUGGGGAAACAACUUUACACCGGCUCCAGAGAUGAUUUGUUCCUGGAUUAGCUCCCAGGAGGAUUUUAAUGUAACUCAGAGGACACACAGACUUGGUACUGGGAGCAGUGGAAGCCGAGACAUUUCAAAGCUGCCUGGAGUUUCUGUCUCUCGUUAAGGUUUUUGAGAUCCCUGCCCUGUGAAACCAUCUGUGCCACGCGUGUGAGAUGUGUGAGGAAACAUCAUUCCUUAAGCGGAGAAUCUCAGUCCUGAAGUUUAUUGGCACUGCUUUGUGAGAUUCGAGAAGACCUUCAAAAGCUUAAAAUGGAUAAAAACAACUUGAAAAAUGCAGAAGCUGUGGAUAUUUGUGACCUCAGAAAUGCCACUGAAAGGACUGAACUUGGGCUGAGAAAAUGCACUGAAAAUUAUUUAAAUGUUAUAAAUGGCCAAGAGUUAACUCUUUCUUCAGCUGGUAAUAAAGAAGUGAAUUCCAAAGAGCCCCCUAAGCGGAAUCUUCCUUUUGGUGCCUGCCAGAAGCAGCUGGUUUUGCCUCGAGUUGAGCCCCUGACUGUGCAGAGGUGCAGCAAAUCCGCCCCACGUGUGUGCCAGGGCUCUCAGCAGCAGGUGGAAAUGGAUUUUAAAAUUAUGCUUGACCCAGAGAACACGGAUAAUAAAGCUGGUUUAAAACAUCCCAACGAUGAGACCAGGCUGCCACUUAUAACUAAGCAAAAAUCUGCUCCUAUGUGCAGUCAGAAGACAGGGAAGGGUCCCACAGUCACCAACCCUUGGGCUUUGCCUGCCUUUCACUCCCUGGCUUCUCCCUUACCCCUGGUAGAAGAUGACACCCCAAAAGGUACCCUGAGCCUCGCUGGCCAAAGGCUCGUCCUUGCAGCAGCAAAGAGAACUCUGCCAGCCCCUCCUGUUGUGUCCAGAGCAGCACCUUUCCCUGAAUUCCCCAGGCAGCACAAGAAAUCAGCUGGAGGAGAGAUCAGCAGCAGGCUGGACCCUGAGAACACAGACACCACCACCUUCCCAAAGGCAAAGGAAGCAAUUUAUGGCCCAUAUUCCUCCAGUAAAGGGAAUAUGCCACCACUCCCAUCCAGCAAUUCCGUGGUUUCAGCACAGAAACCAAAGCCAGAGUGGAGGUAUCCAGCUCAGCAGUUGGAAUCUGAGGUGCACAUCCCCUCUCAGACACAGCCCCCACAGACAGCUCAGUCCUUCCAGGAUCCCCGCUUGGACCGGGACGUUGCUGUUCACCAGAAAGCUCCAGGUUUCCUGGCACUCCAACACCACCAUCACUCCUCUUUGGGGAGAGCUUUGGGGUCUUUGGAGCCCACAGAAAAUCCCCUCAAAGACCACACCCUCCCUUUGGCCGCCAUCAACGGCCAGAAGUUGGCACAAAUCGCCUCGCACUUGGGUUUUGAAGAGAAUCCCACCGAAAGCGCCAAGGUGCCAAUGAUAGAGAAGCAGUCAGCUGUGGAAAAGGUCCUGCCCGGAGGCGGGCAGCGCUGCCGAGGGCAGGGGGGCAGCGCAGGGGCCGCUGCGGGCACCCAAGGGCGCUGGGACGGCGGCGGGCAGCAGCAGCGGGCAGCAGGUGUGAUCCGCGCUUCCUGGCGCUCCCGGAAUCACCUGGCACGGCUGAGGAACGCCCUGAGGGAAGCACGCCGCAGACACCUGGAGAAUUUCUACAGCAGGGCCAAGCAUCUGGCAGCCAACUGGAAUCGCAUCAGGACCUCCAGGAGGACUAUUAUCCAUAUCCCAUCAUUAGGAUAUUCCCAACACAUCCGUGAGCACAUCCCUGACCUUGCUCUCCAGCAGAACCUGCAGAUGGGGAGGCUCUGUGACAUCCUGGAUGCCAACGUGGACGUCAUCUACAUCUGCCCCCUCGCUCUGAGUGAGGAGUUACUGCAGUAUUACCAUAAACUCCUGGGUCUGCAGGCAGCUGUUAGAUCUGGGAACCCCGAGGACAUGGCUGACCUGCAGGACAGGUUCAAAAUUCUCACCCCUGAAGCUAUAAACAGCUUCCCCGAGCAUCACAUGUGCUUGGCCACUGUGCUCAAGUACAGUCCCAGGACACUGCAGAGGCUCCAGGUUCUGCUCCAGGGCAGGGAUGCCUACGUGGUUGGGGGCGUUCCCCACCUGGAUGAUUUGGCCGUGGCUGACGAGCUGCAGGUGCCACUUUUGGGCUCAGAGCCAGCAGUGGCUCGGCUCUACGGCACCAAGUCUGGCAGCAAGAGAAUCUUUGCCAGUGCUGGAGUGCCAACGCCUCCUGGAGAGUGGGACAUCCACAGCAGCGAGCAGCUGCUCCGUGCUCUCAGCCAGCUCGUCCUGGACAAUUUGGAAGUGCGGCGCUGGCUCUUCAAGGUGGACGAUGAGCGUGGAGGAGACGGCACUGCCUUCUGUGAUGUCAUUUCCCACCUGGAAUGCUACCCCUGGAUCCAGAGGGAAUGGCAGGGACACGGCCCUGAGGUGUGGAGCGAGAGCCGGGCUCGUGAGCUAGCUUUGGUGAAGAUCUCCCAGGAGCUGCCGGGCCUUUUAGCACAGCACGUACAGCCAGUCAAUGAGAAACGAUUCCCUACAUGGGAAAAAUUCCUCCAAACAUUUCUUACUCAAGGUGGAGUGAUCGAAGCCUUCCCGUUCUCGGCCGGCGUCACCAACCUGACGGUGGAUCUGCUGAUAGAGCCAACGGGGGAGGUGACACUGGUGUCAUCUGGAGACCAGCUCCACGCUGAGGGGCCCCUCAGAUCCUCGGGCACCACCAUCCCACAGCGCUCCGUGCAUCCAGAGGUUCUUAAAGUUCUCUGCUCGAAAAUCGGGGAGGCCUGUAAAUCCAAGGGAGUGCUUGGCUACUUCUCCGUGGACUUUGUGGCUUUCACCCACCCCCAAACGAGGGAGCAGCAGGUGUGGGCAACAGACCUUGACCUUUGCUACAGUGACCAGCUGGCCCUGACUCAGCUGCUGAUGUACGUGACAGAUGGAAAUCUGGAUUGUGGCUCCAGCUGCCUGCAGGGACCUCUGGGAUCAAAGGAAAGCAAAAGCCAACAGGUUCAGCACGAGGGGACAAAACCUCCUGCCCCAGGCAGCUCCCGGUGUGCCGUGGCCAGCAGCCAGCUGUGGCACUCCAGCCUCUCAGGGGUCUCCUACAACCUUCUCCUCCACAUGUGUAAAGCUCGUGGCGUUGGAUUUGACCUCCAGGAAAAACAAGGAACAGUUUUUGUAUUGUAUGAAGACCAGAAGCGACACAGCCUGGGAAUGAUAACAAUUGGAGAGGAUCUCCAGGGGGUCCUCCUGACCUUUGCUCGCAAUCUCUUCAUCAUCCAUCAAGAAAUAUCAGCACCUAAUAUGCAAGGCGAGACCAAUUUUAAGAUGGCAAUUCGAGAUAUUGAAGCAAUUCUAGGAGUUACAGCAGAAAACAAACUGAGAUUGGAAGAAGAGCAACCUUGGGAAGCAGAUGCUCGGAAAGAAUAGUUAACAGAAAAUGUUCGAGUGCCUCAUUCCUUAUGCUUCUGGAAAUGCUUCCUCAUCUGUAAGAACAGGUUUGGUUUUCCUUCUGAGUCGCUGUGUGAAGUAACAUUAACUGAGACAGAAAAUCUCUGUGAUUGCUGGCUGUGGCAUUGGGAACAUCCCACCUUUCUCACUGAAAAGCACAGGAGCAUCCUAAUGCUCCUCGUGUCCCUGUUGUCAUUCCUGAAGUUCAGCGUGUGGGUUAAAAAUCUCAUUAAUGGGGUCAUGCUGCCUUUGUCACUGACUCAGAGCAGGAGCAGAUCCACUGAAAAGAGCCCUGAGAGCCCAAAUUCCCUUUCCAACAGGCUGAAAUACUGAGCACUGAAAGGCUUCUGGCAGGAAAGGAGGUCCAGGGUUCGACCUGCCAGAGAGGCCACCGGGAUGAGCAGAGGGAUGGAGCAGCUCUGCUGGGAGGAGAGGCUGGGAGAGCUGGGAUUGUUCACCUGGAGAGGAGAAGCUUUGGGGUGACCUCAUGGUGGCCCUCAAGGGGCUGCAGGAAAGAUGGAGAGAAACAGAAGGAGCUGGAGUGCCAGGACAAGGGGGAAUGGCUUCAAAUGAAGCAGAUUGGGGUUAGUUGAGGUGUUAGGAAGGAAUUGUUCCCUGUGAGGGUGGGCAGGCCCUGGCACAGGGUGCCCAGAGCAGCUGUGGCUGCUCCUGGAUCCCUGGAAUGUCCCAGGCCAGGCUGGACAGGGCUUAGAGCAGCCUGGGACAGUGGGAGGUGUCCCUGCCAUGGCAGGGGUGCGAUGAGAUGAGAUUUAAGGUCACUCCCAAACUACCCCAUGGUUCUUUUGCCAUAAAAGCCUUAAUUUAAACCCCACUUUAUCAGUAAUUCCAGCAAUCCACAUUCCUCUACAGAACCAUCUCUAUUGUUACGCUGCUUUUUCCGUUAUCUAAAGACUUUAGCAGCAGUCCUUCUAUGGUCAUUUUCAAAUUAUCAAAAAGAUCAGUAGUAGCACUGUUUUAUCAAUAGAAUUCUAUUUGCACUAUGAUUCCCAGAAUUCCAUGACUUUUGCAGGUCUGUCCAUGUGCAUUUUGGAUACUGGUGACCCUUUUGGUCACAACUGCUGUGCAGCGUUGUCAAAGGACAACAUUAUAUUUGUAAAACUUCCUUUCUCCAUCAAAUCUUUAAUAUCCCAACAGACAACACAUUCCACAUUUUGCUAUGGAAGAGCUGAUCUCAUUGAAUGGCGACUGUUAUCCUAGGAAUGGCAAGUAUCCUCGGGAUUACUUCCCAAAAAGCUCAGGAAAACCAGUUUUAACACAAAUACUCAAUGAGACCAAGCAGUUGCACGAGAUCAGCACCCAGUUUUUCUGAUAGCAAAUCUUUAAUCCCUCAGCAUGAGAAAUUAUUUUUGGUGGAGCUUUUUCCUCUUCUGCUUUGGCCACAGAAUUAAUUCAUUGCAGAUGAAAACAUUUGCAUAAGCGCCCAUCCCUGCUUCAAAUAAAAAUCCACAGGAGUAUUUUUAAUUCCUGGGUUUAUUGCUGUUUUACAUCAACGUAGCGCUGGGUUUGGAUACCCCAGAGCCCACACAGAGGUGGAAUUUAUUCCCAAGGUGGAAUUUAGCUGCACUUGAGCUGGUUUCCAAAGGGUUAAGGAAAAGGAAGCCUUGAUCCAAGCCAGAACAACAUAAGGUCUGAGAGGCUCAUUAGUUCAACUGGCACUUAAUAGACUGCAGUGUCCUAGGAGGAAAUGAAACCUGCACUUCCUUCUGCCUUUGUUCUACCCUGACAAAAGAAAACUGUACCUGUUUUUGCAGGAAACAACUGACCUGAAAGUUCCUGUGGUGAGAGAGAUUUCUCAGCAUGUGCAAAGUGUGAAAUGUAUUUUGAGGGGGGGUUAAAAAAUAAGUUUUUAAUUACUACUAACACUUCUGAGCCUUGAGCUGAUGGAAGGAUUGAAACUGCUUUGCAAUCUCUCACAUUCAGCUCCCAUGCUGCUGGUGCCAAAAAUGUGGGGCUUUUAGCAGUGCUGCAGAUUUAAGAUGAAAUUAUAAUAUUGUUAAAAAGUCAGGAAUAUAAUUCUGUUCACGUUACUGGAUUAUUUAUUCAUUAAAAGAGUAGUAGAGUUGAUGAGCUGUAGAUUGAAUUUCAGAACGUGAGCUGGAUGAGAAGAAAACAGAACAAGUGUGAAGCAAAAGAUUAAAAGUGGCCCAAGUGCGGCUUCUCAUCAGAAACUGCCCCCAAAAAUGCCAGAUUUGGGCAAAAACAGCUGCAGGGAGUGGAGGAAUGCUCGUGGAGGGAGGUGGGGGACAGCAGGUUUGGCAGCAACUGCAGAGGAUGCAGACAAUUAAAAGACAGGAUUUGUGCUCCCCAGGAGUCAGAGCUGGAAAUGGAGGUGUUUGUUUAACUGGCAGUGCUUGGUGCAUUUUGUUUCAGCAAGAAUUUAGUGUAGCACAGACCACUUCAGGUCAUUCUCCUGAAAGAGCUACCUGGAGUUGAUGAUACUGGAAACUGGGUCUCCUGUCUUGGGUAGUUGGGUUUAAAGCCUUGGAUAGAAGGAAAAAAAAAAGCUUUCAGCCCACAUUUCCACAUUUAGAAUGACAACUCUGAGACAGAGCAAAAACCAAAUGCAGUUUAUCAACAGAGCCACUCCCAGAUGUGUUCUGAAAUGAAAUGUUGCACCCUCCCUCUUUCCUGGAAGAUCUCCAGUACCUCGAGAUCAGGAGAAUUUACCACCUCCCCUCUAGGUUAAGGUAACAAAUCCCUGGAUUUUUAAUGUUCUCCUUAAAAGUUCAUAUCAAAUCCAUUUAACAGUGGGAUACUGUAGAUCUAAGGCACCCCGUUACAUUGUACAGAUCCUCUGUAUUUCAUUUUAGACUGCAGAUUUUGUUAUAUUGAUGAAUAACUCCAAUCAUUGACAACCUUCAUUAAUGUAAUUAAUGAAAUACAACUGCAUUGUAUCACUCUUAAGGUUCAGUGCUUUAUUUCAACCCUUCCCCACCAUACCAGAUUCCAACUUUUCUGUCCUCAGCCACUGUUAUCACUACUAAAGAAAGAUAUUAAAGCUAAACUAUAUGCUCUAUUAAUUAUAGGGAGGUGAACUUGAAGGGGAAAUUUGUUGCUGGUGAUGAUUAAUAAUUACUUGUUCUACACACGUGUAGUACAGUAAAUAAACAGGGCAUAUUGUUGGGUAGUAAUUGAUUAAUUAGCAUGUUCAUACUGGAUAGCUCAA